CGGGAGGAGAGAAAAAAUCUCCAGUCAGGCUGUCGCCAGUGUUAGUAUUAGACGCUGCUGUCUUAGGAAGUAUUCUCCAUAUGAUGCUCCUCAUCUUUGGCUAUAUCUUUUUGACUUAUUAAAAAGACUAAUCAGGAGUAUUGCAUGAGCCAUGGCCACAUUGAACAGUUUAUUUUCAUUCACAAGUCCUGCAGUGAAGAAACUUCUUGGUUGGAAACAAGGAGAUGAAGAAGAAAAAUGGGCUGAGAAAGCUGUGGAUUCGUUAGUGAAAAAACUGAAGAAGAAAAAAGGUGCCAUAGAGGAAUUGGAGAGAGCACUCAGUUGCCCUGGACAGCAAAGUAAAUGUGUCACUAUACCAAGGUCUUUAGAUGGACGAUUACAGGUGUCUCAUCGCAAAGGGUUGCCUCAUGUGAUAUAUUGUCGUGUCUGGAGGUGGCCAGACUUGCAAUCUCACCACGAAUUAAAGCCUCUAGAGAUGUGUGAAUAUCCUUUUUCUGCUAAACAGAAGGAAGUGUGCAUAAACCCUUACCAUUAUAAAAGGGUGGAAAGUCCUGUUUUGCCACCUGUUCUGGUCCCCAGGCAUAGUGAAUAUCCUCCUGGCCAUCCUAUGCUGACUGUAUUUCCACAAGUUUCGGAUGCUUCCAUGCCUCAUAAUGUCAGCUUCUCAGCUCAGGGUUUCACUUCUCCCAGCCCCAGUAGUUCAGCUCUUUCUUCGGGUAUCAGUGUUCCUUCUCCCUCUACUAGCAUCAACAACUCUGCUCCAAAUAGUCCUUUUGGACUCUCUGCAGAAACACCUCCUCCUGCUUACAGCCCUCAAGAUGAUAGUCAGCAUGCAUUGGAUAACAGUCAUCAAACAAUGGAUACUACAACUCUGCCUCAAGAUGCUGAUGUUGCUCCUGUCACAUACCAGGAGCCUAAAUUCUGGUGUUCCAUUGCUUAUUAUGAGCUAAAUUCACGUGUAGGAGAAGUGUUUCAUGCUCAAAACCACAGCAUUGUUGUGGAUGGUUUCACUGAUCCCUCCAACAAUCAGAGUCGUUUUUGCCUUGGCUUGCUCUCUAAUGUAAACAGGAACUCAACCAUUGAAAAUACUCGCAGGCAUAUUGGUAAAGGAAUCCAUUUGUAUUACGUGGGUGGAGAAGUAUAUGCUGAAUGUUUGAGUGACAGCGCUAUUUUUGUCCAGAGCCGGAAUUGCAAUCAUUCCCAUGGCUUUCAUCCAACGACUGUGUGUAAAAUACCACCGGGAUGUAGCUUGAAGAUAUUUAAUAACCAGGAUUUCGCUCACCUUUUAACUGAUGCAGUGAAUCAUGGCUUCGAAGCUGUAUAUGAACUUACUAAAAUGUGUACCAUCCGAACUAGCUUUGUGAAAGGAUGGGGGGCAGAAUAUCAUCGACAGGAUGUCACUUCCACACCCUGUUGGAUUGAGAUCCACUUGAAUGGACCUCUGCAAUGGCUAGAUAAGGUCCUCACCCAAAUGGGUUCCCCACACAACCCAAUAUCCUCAGUCUCAUGAUAUCCAUUUUCUUUCAUUUUUUUUCUUUUGGAGUGAUAGCAAAAAAACAAUACAUUAUAGACAUGUAUUCUCAUAUAACAAAUGCUCAUUCAUCUUCAUGUGCAUGAUUUUAUAAGAAAAUGUCAUCAGUCAUUUUAUUUUUAUCCUUUAGCUCUACUUUUUAACUAUUUCUUUCUUCCUCUCCUUAAAUAUAGUCCUCAUUUGUUAAACUUUGUUACUUUAUAGUUUAUUUUUUAUUUGCAAGAAAUGAAGUUUAUUUUGAGAACUGUGUAUUUUAAAAGAUAGUUAUUUUUAUCAGCUUGUAAAAAGCAUAAAAAUUCUUAAGAUAACUUUUUAAUUUUGAAAAAAAAAUUCUCGGUGAAUUAUUAAUUUAAAAAAUGUCUCCCUCCCCUGCCCUUUUAGUUUUAGUAUUGUUUUCUCUUCAAAGUCUCUGGUUUGGAAGAUGAAAAUUUCAUAUUUGGUUAUGUCCCUCAUCUGAUCCAUUUUCUAUUUUAGGUUAGAUUCACUUUUUGAUGGGCAAUUCUUAUGUACUUUAUGACAAUGAAUGCAUGCAUUUCUUAAUAUAUAAUCAUGAAAAAAACAUUGCACACUAUCAUUCACUAGAUGCAAUUAAAUUGGCUGCUUCCUGUCUUUUCUAUCAAAUUAUUUAUUUUAUUGAAAAAAAUAUUACUAUGAAACAGCUGUUUUGUUUAUUUCAAUAAGUUUAUUUAUGGGAAUGUAAUUUUUAAUCCUUUCAAAUUCUGUAAUUUAUUUCCCGCCUUCUGCUAGGUUUAGUGAAUUCAUUGUUCUCUUACUAUAUUUUGCAUUUGUUAUUGUUUAAAAUUGCCAUAGCAUUUGAAGCAUCUCUAUUGUUGUUAUGUUGAACUUGUAUUGCUUUUUUGUAUGUGUUAGUGUUUUCAACAAUUAAAAGCUUAUUUGCUAAGAGCUUGCGAUUUGAGCACUGGAUUGUGAUGUUUAUGUAAAAAUGAAAUGGUGCUGUAGUUUUUUUUUUUUUUUUUCUUAAAGUUAAAUAUUGUAUUUUUAUAUGAUGCAAGCUCAUUGUGAGAUUUUUUGCUUCCUUGUAAAAUUAUGACUAUAAAAGUCAGUUAUGUUUUUUAAAAAAGCUGCUUAUUUUGUUAAAUGAUCAAAAUGAACCUACUGAGGUCUUUUUAAUGUACAUUUGUAAUAUUUGCAUGCGAUUUUUGCUUUCUAUUUUAUGGUUCUUUUAUAAUGUAGUGUUUUUUAUUGCUGAGAUGUAAAUUAUUUGUAUAAAAUUGUUAUUUGCUCCUGUCAAGAAAUUAUGGUAUUAAUGGUAUGUGUAGAAAAACCAUAAUUUGUUUUAUAUUUCCUACCUUCCUUUUGUUUUUCAUUUUUAUUGUGCCACAAUCUUUCUUUUUCAAUGAUUUUUUUUUUUUUUUUGUAUGUAUUUGUGUUACUAUGUGCAUUGUGUUGCAUUUACAUUAAGGGCUUGAAAAAGUAUAUUUUUGCAUUUUUUUUUAAUACCUUAAUGGAAAGUUUGAUUUAAUGUUUGUGCUGUAAUUAAAUCAUAAAUCAUUUACUUUGAUUUUUUUCCCUUAAUUUUUUUCAGGUUAGUGGCAGUAUUUUUUUUUUUUUUUUUUUUUUUUUUUUUUUUUAAGAAUAAUGCAUAAAAAUUGAUCAACACAGUUACUAUCAUGGAUUUGUAAAUUAAAUUAAUUAAAAAGUACAUUAAUUUAAAACAAACAGCAAAAACAAAUUAUAUUAUUUUUCUUUUCUGCAUUAUUUAUGAGAAUAAAAAAAAAACAUUUUUACAAAAAAAAAAAUGUUGCUAGUUUCUUAAUGAUUUACAACAAUUCAUAUUUUCUGUCAGAUAAUGUAUUUCUAAAAAAUGAGAUUUGCAAUUAAAAAUUCCUUUUUAAAAUCACACUAUGAUCUGAGGGGUUUUUUUUUUCUCUCUCUCUCUCCUUCUAACAUCUAUUUUAAUUCAUCUCAAACCUGAUUUUUUAUUGUUUUUUUAAUGAUUGAUCUUUUUACUAAUGAUUUUUAAUUUAUUCUGUUUGACUUCGAUCUCUGCACCCAACUCCCUGAUUUUUUAUACAUCUAAAUUGCUUCAUGCAUAAACAUAUUCUUGCACUGUGCUGUAUAUUAGUUUUUAAAAUUGGUAGGCCACUAAUUAGAUUAUCAUUCACAUUUGCCACGUCUAAUGCCUUAUUUCUGCCUGCCAUUUUUCGUUUGCUGUGCAGAGCCUAAUUUUUAAAAAAAAUUGUGAAGAGAAAGUAUUAUAUACAAACAUAUUUUUUAUAGAAAUUUGCUUGUAUUUUUUGCAUAACUUGCAUAGAUAAAGGAAGUAAUUUAAUAUUGGAAUCUUUAAUGGAAAUAUGCUUGUAUAUUUUUUUAGCUAAAUGUGAAUGAAAAAAUGUAUUUUAUUCAGAAACAAAUUCUUAUGCAUUCCUGAAUGGUCUGGUUAUUACAAUGAUUAUGAACUUUGUAGUUAUUCUUCUGCAGUGUUUUGAAACUUGGUAAAUUUAUAAGCAAGUGUGGAAUUUACAAAUACUUCAGUUUUAAAAUCAAACAUAUACUGCUGUUUAAUCUACAGCAAUACUUUUUUUGCACAGUAGUUCAAAGAUGUUUAUUUGCAUUACAUUGCCAUUAAACAAUCUGUUGUCACAUUUAAUUGAAAAGUAGGGAUUUAAAAAACAGGAAAACUAUUUAAAAGAGGUCUUGAAGGCUAAUUUUUUUAAAUUUGAAAUUAACACUCAAAUUUUGAUAUCAGUCGGUAUAAAUGUAAAAUCUGUGCAGAACCUUGUAAUUAUUUUCUCUUUGAUGCUCAUGUCUUUACGUUUGAAAAUUCUGCCAAUGCCAUUAAAAACGUUUUUUGCUUGUAUUUGUAAUUAUUUCUUUAUUAAAAACGAUUCCUAUCAUUUUUAUUGUUUUAGUAAUUUAGGAAUGCAUUAAUCAAUGAAGUACCCAAAGUGUAUGUGCAAUAUUUGUCUGUGUUCUGUUUUGUAUAACACUGUUAUGCACAUUGUAACUCUUUAUACUGCUAAUAAAUACUUUUGUAUGACA